GUUGGGAACCUAAUGGGAGGUUCCAAAGGAUGAAGGACGAAUUGUAGAGCCUCGACGUAGAUGGUGAGUCGAAGUAGAGGCGUAGACAAUACGAGGAUUGACAGAAAGAGGCCAGAGAUGGGGAACAGAGAGGAGAAACAGAGUUGAGGUGAGACAGAGAUAAAGGAAACAGAUAAUGAGGAAAUAUAUGACUGUUGAGACGUGUCAGGCCCUGUUAGCAAGUACUAGUAGACUGUACUAAAGGGACCAAGCCAGGUAGGAAGAGUUUCCAGGUAAGAUUUGACAAUAACACGCUGGGGAGCUCCGAGGGGAGUCCCCAGCCUAUAUACUGUACAUGAGGCUGUCAGGUACAUAUGUCAUGUGGCUACUGGAGUGACAGGUAAUAUGUACAGUAAAGAUCGUAAGGAUGGUGCAUAGAAUAUCGGAAACAUGUAUAAGUGAUGAACCGGAGCUCUGGAAAGGAAAGGGAAAGGUCCGGAGAAGCAAGGCAUGACAGUAUCAAGGAUAUUUGAGCUAUCUAGGUUGAACAUCUCUGGUACAGGUUAUAAGAUGCGAAAGCACUUGGCAAGUGCACUCAAAAAAAGGUCAAAGAGCAUCCAAAAUGCCAUUGCUGAGUACAACGCCAUUGCUACCAAAAUGAAACCCCCACGUCGUCAGGUUGAUUGGGAAGAGGUUGUCGAAUACACCUUCUUAUCUGAGUUUGAUAUCCUCCGUGAUACUCGUGAAGACAUACGAAAACGCCCUUGGGCAGUCCCUGCUAAUCGCGUUAUUAUGACCCAAUUCUUCAAAGUCAUUGGAGCCGAGGACGAGCUUGCCCGUGUACAUCAAGAAAUUCAGCGACUAAUUACCAGUAUACAGCAUGAGAAUAAUGAGCUCAUAUCAAGGGAGGAGGAUCUUAGGUUGACCAACCCAACCCUAGCGCUGCAAAUCCGGAAACAUCGUCAGGAGCGAGGACGAUUCCAUGCAAUACAUCAAAAACGACUGCUUUCUAUCACGAAGCUCCCAGGCUUUGACUGGUCUACCAAUAGCAAGUACUUCUUCCCGGGGACACCAGUAGAACGAAUAUCUGAUAACAAAGGGAAGUCGGGACAGUGA